UUCGAUUGCCGCCCUUCGCCGGGCCGGCAUGGACCGGGUAUCGGCCCACCAUCUCGAACGACGAGGAGCACGUCGUGGUCUGUGGGCUGUGCGCGCAUGCUGUCGCUGAAACUCGGAAAGGCUCCCAGGCGAACAAGCUCUCUUCCGCCGCCGCAGCCGCCUCGCUCCGCCGGCGCGACUCUAGCCGCGGCGUGCCCCUUCUCUGCCCACCCGAUGCGGGCCCUCGCGCGCGCCGCGUCGUCGCUGCUCCGCCGCGCCGCGGGAUCCGCGCCCACCACGGGGUCGCCGCACCACCCUUCGCCGGGCGUAGGCCCGUGCCUCGCCAAGAAUCUGCCAGGUUUCUUUUUCAAUGGGUAUUCUACUCUUUUGGCUCCACCAAGUGAAGUGCUGAUUCCACCAGAACUUCUUUCUAGCAGGACUGUGUGGACACCAGAUCGGGAGCUUGGGCAGUAUGAAGACCUGGUAGCUAGGGUUACAAACUUCCAUAAUGAGGACAAGGGCUUCAUGGUUUUGGAUGGUGAUGUUUUUGAUGUUCCAAUUAGGAAGGAUAUUGUUCACCGGGUAGUAAGGUGGCAGCUUGCUAAAAGACAGCAGGGGACACACUCAACCAAAACAAUCAGUGAAGUGAGUGGCACCGGAAGAAAGCCUUACAAGCAAAAAGGAACUGGAAGAGCACGGCAUGGAACACUGCGCGGUCCCCAGUUCCGUGGUGGUGCAACCAUGCAUGGGCCUAAACCACGAAGCCAUGCAAUCAAGCUGCAGAAGAAAGUGCGGCGUCUGGGGCUUAAGAUUGCCUUGUCUGCUCGAACUGCAGAGGGGAAGCUCUUGGUCUUUGAGGACUUGGAAGUCCCUAGCCACAAGACAAAAAACAUUGUGCAAUACAUUAGGCAGAUGGAUGAUACAAAGAAGGUUCUGUUGGUGGAUGGAGGUGACAUUGAUAAGAAGCUAAAGCUGGCUACUCAAAACCUUCACUAUGUUAAUGUACUUCCUUCCAUUGGCCUGAACGUUUACAGCAUCCUUCAGCAUGACACCCUUGUAAUGUCUCGGGCUGCUAUCAACAGAAUCGUCGAGCGGAUGCAUACCCCCAUCAACCGCUAGCAAGGAGGGUUCUGGGUCAGACCACUGUUUCUUACAAUCAGCAACUGUGCUUUCGUCCCCUGUUGAAGCUCGAGGAUUUCCAGUUAUCUCGGUGCUAACUUGGAGAGCUGCAAUAUCAACUGUUUAUUUUUCGUCAGACCGAAGCAACCGAGGUAGGAGGGAAUGGAGCCCUUCCGUGGCUUCUUGCGCGGACUAUAGUGUCCUAGUUUAAGAAGACACGUACAGGUUGGUUUGGGAAAUGAGUUAGUCCAUCAUCUACUUAUUUCUCUCUUUCUCUUUUUUGGUUUGUUCUGUGGAAUGGAAUAGGUUGAUGUAUUAUCACUUUAUUACUUUCGAGCUAAUAAUUAGUACGAGUAAUUUAUUCAACUAAAUUUGAGGAAUGGGCUCGUGAUGCACCACCUCUGGAGUGAUUUUCAAACCAAAUAUCCUAGAAGGUUGUGAUUAUCA